AUGCCUUCAGGCCCUGCUCGAGGAGGUUCACCUUCUACCCCGUCUCAAUCUGGAUCUCAAUCUCAAGCUCCUCAAGCCAAGGGAGGAAGAGGCCGAGGUCGAGGUCGAGGUGGUCUAAGUGGUCCUUCACGAUCCGGACAUGAGAGUCAACCAACAGGCACCCAACAGAGCCUCUUGAUUGACCCAGUUGCUCUUCCAGUAACACCAACAGGCGUUCGAAGGUCUGACCAUGGAACCGCUGGACGACGUGUUCAGGUUCUUGUGAACGCAGAGGAGAUUGAUGUUCCCAAAACGAUAAUCCAUCAUUACGAUGUCACGAUUACCGGCCCGUCCGUCAAAUCUGCCAGGUUCACCCAACAGCUCGUCAAGCAGCUCCAGAAUGACACGGCUCCCAAUAUAUUUCAACCUGCCGGCGUUUACGAUGGAAAUAAGAACCUCUACAUUUCACAUCUGUUAGAUUUCGGGGAAAGUGACUCAGCAACGUUCACUGUUUCUGUAUCUCCCGAAUCAAGCACCCGCCCACCCUUUCUAUACACUAUCAAAUUGUCAAAGUUGCCUCUAUCGAUCCCGAACCUCUCGACCGCUUCAUCCACGCCGAACAAUCUCAAGAUGUAG